GAAUAUUUGUUAUUAUUAUAAAUAUUUCACGGGUACGCACAAACCCUAUUUACUUCCUUUCCAAGCAGAAAAUAAUUCUAAUCUCAUCAGUAGCGAACACUCAAAGGAUCAAUCGUAGUUUCUAUUCCCCCAAUACCUAAGAUUCAGAUUCAUCUAUGGCGACUGAAACAAAGGCUGUUACUGAAGAUGUCAAGAUCGAUCUCUUUGAAGAUGACGAUGAGUUCGAAGAGUUUGAAAUCAAUGAAGAGUGGGAUGAUAAGGAGGAAGGUAAAGAAAUAGCUCAACAGUGGGAGGAUGAUUGGGAUGAUGAUGAUGUUAGUGAUGAUUUCUCUGUUCAGUUGAGAAGGGAGCUGGAGAGCACUACUGAGAAGAAAUAAACCCCCCUGCUGGCUAUGAUUGUUUGAUAUAACAUGUGUAAUGAGUUACAACUUAGGUAUUUAAGGUGUUUUCCUACCUUCAAAAGAACUUAAACUAUGCUGUGUUAGGAAGGAAAUGUGAGUAAGAGCCGAACACAAGGACAUAAUUGACAUGUUAUUUCUUUGAAACAUUUGCAUAGAAAUUAUUGUGUACUGUGUUUGUUUUUUCA